GUGAUGAAUUAUAAUUCGUUAAAGAUAUUUUGACAUAGAAAUGUGUUGUUGAAUUUAUUUUUGUAUAAUUUUAGCGAUUUUAAUGUUGAAAAUGGUCGUUCAUUAAGGUGUGGGAGUGUAAAAUGUCGUUGGGAAUUCGAAAUUUUGAAAUCAUCGAUGAAAUACUCAUCGUUUUUUCGAGUCUGCGCGGAAAUAUUCUCAAAGUGUAUGAAUUGUUUUGAUUUUCCUGUCUACAUUUUUCCAGUUUUAUAAGAGAUUUUAUAAGGAUUUCGGUUUUAUAGCCUACUAGGACUUAGGGAUUCACGUAAAGGAAUUGAAAAGGAAUUUAAUGAACAUUUAAAAAUGAAUCUCAGAAGCUAUUUCAAUGGGAUUCAACGUUCUUUUGACUCGCAAGAUGGAUUUCUCCUUGGAGGUCUCAUCUCCCUGCAGGACCAGCACGUUCUCAGUAUGGAUCUCGUAAAUAUUGAUGUGGAUUUAAUGCUACUCAAUUCAUCUCGCCUUGAACCGCCACUAGAUGAGAUUGUGGGGCACCAUUUGAAUGCACUAAAGGAGCUACAGAAAACCCCAAGGAAUGUUCAUGAUGCCUACAAACAGCAAACAGGAUGCGUUCAGGGUGUUGUAAAACUUCUUCAGGCAUUAAAGGAAGAGAAUUGGUGCCUCCCAGUUAUGUAUGCAGCAUGUUUGGAUCUUAGACUGUUGGCACAAAAGUGUGAGGAGAGUGGAAAUAUUUCAAAGCCUGGAGAAAUUCUGGAAAAGGCUGCUGAAGGGCUAAUGGCUUGUUUUCGAGUUUGCACGGCAGAUAAUAGAUCAGCCGAUGAGGACACAAAGAGACAUGGCAUGUUGAAUUUGGUGAAUCAACUCUUCAAAGUCUACUUCAGGAUCAACAAACUCCAUCUAUGCAAGCCGCUCAUUCGUGCUAUUGAGAGUUCAGUCUUUAAGGACUCUUUCCCACUUGCAGAACAAAUCACGUACAAGUAUUUUGUGGGCAGGAAGGCAAUGUUUGAUUCGGAUUACAAAUGUGCCGAGGAAUAUCUCACGUUUGCUUUUGAAAUGUGCCCAAAGAUUUUCACAAAGAACAAAAGACUCAUCCUGAUCUACCUCGUACCCGUUAAAAUGCUCCUGGGGUACAUGCCAAAGCAGGAGAUUCUUAAAAUGUACGACGUAUUGCAGUUCUAUGAGUUGGCAUGUGCACUCCGUGAAGGGAAUGUGCGAAAAUUUGAUGAUGUGAUUGCAAAGCAUGAAGCAUUUUUUAUCAAAUUCGGCAUUUAUUUGUUAGUUGAGAAGCUUAAGAUCAUCGCAUAUAGGAAUUUAUUCAAGAAGGUCUACCUCAUUAAGCAGACACAUCAACUGGAUUUGCAGCAUUUUGUGCAGGCACUUGAGUUUGUUGGGAAGAGUGACAUUAAUAUGGAUGAGACACACUGUAUUUUGGCAAAUUUAAUCUAUGAAGGAAAAAUUAAGGGAUACCUUUCGUAUCAGCACAACAAAUUAGUUGUCUCGAAGCAAAAUCCCUUUCCCUCACUCACAGUGGCAACUACAUAAAGCUCGACACUGGGAGAUGUAUUCCCAAAUGGAUUUCUUCUAUGUACCAUCACCCAAGAGAGAACAUUAAAAGCUGUUAAGAUGAAAA